AUGAUGCACGCAGUUGGUGAAAUCUUCCAGCCUAAUGAGCCACCAUUAGAAAGAAGUAAAGAGCCUUGUGGAUUUGUAUGCUGUCUACUAUUUUCAUUUAAAAUAUUUGUAAGAAUAUUUUGUUUAAUUUGUGGUAUUGCACAGUGUGGUAUGGGAGCCUGGAGUUUUUAUUCAAUGGCAACAACUAAUGACCACUCGAUUCAGAGCUAUCUACAAUAUGCUGUAAUUGGAUUCUAUGGUAUUCUCUCUGGUUUGAUGAUCAUCUAUGCUGAAAUAAGAAAUAGAUGGACAAGAAAAGCUAUUCGUGUAUUUAUAUUCCUUGCCAAUGGUUUAGCAAGAGGUUUAGUUUAUUUCUUAAUUGGUGUUGUAAACGUACCAAUACCAAUUACAAUUAUGAAGAUCAAAUUGUUAACUGCAAGAUAUAUUGGAUUUGUAAUUAUCGGUGGUGGUCUUUUGUCAAUUCUAUCUUUCUUGCUCGGUUGGAGAAGAAAGAGAUUGAGAAAGAACUACGAUUUGACCGUCGCUCAAGAGAAAGCAAAGAAGACUCAAAUCUAUGAGUUGUUCGAACAAACUGAAGAUGAUAAGAAGAAAACCGAUAUUAACAAAGAUAAGGAUUUGGAAAUGCAAAACUUUGAAGAAGCAUAA